ACGACUCUUUAUGUAUCCACUGACAAUUGCAGGUUGUUUAGAGGCCGCACUUAAUCAUUGAUUAAAACCAGUGAUAGUUUGGAGAAAUCACAGAAAGCAUAUCUGGUCUCACGCCUCGUGUGCCCCUACACGCGGCCGUUCCCGCGCUUUCCAUACACGCCCCGAGAUUUACCGAACUCUGCAUGCAUCUUCAUCAGCACCUGGAGUGUCAGUUCCAUGGACAGCUAGAACGUGAUCGUAGCUUACUUCAACACAUUAGUUAAACCUGGGGACGGCAACUUGGGAAAGUUAAAAUCGUUCCGAAACACCUCAGACUAAAUUUCGUUGUGAUUUUUCCCGCAAGAGUGAUGGGCAUCCGCGAAGAAUUAUUGCCAGGCAACCAGCAUACAGCGUAGAACAACACAGAAGACACACAUACAGGUAAAACGUUCAAUACUGAAGACAAUAUUCCAGGAGGUAAAUAUGACAACCUCUUCUGAGAAGGAGAUAGAACCUAAAGGUACCAACGCUGUGCCCUCUCGAUGGACACCUCCUAGUGCCCCACCCUCCCUCCAAUCCCGCUGCCAUCACCUCUUCCACCAGGGAUACGGCUGUCUAACCUUUUCAUGGGUUACCUCCCGGAAUGGAGGGCGCUACCUUGGAGCCGGCGACAGGGACGCCGCUCACACCACACCUCGACUUCCGUGGGCUCUACCUACCUGAGGGACCGCCGUCAUAUAUUCCACGUCGCAAGAGACGGGAGCAGCGCCCGCGACGCCAGAGGACAACGUUCAGCAGCGAGCAGACUCUACGCCUGGAGGUCGAGUACAGACGUGCUGAGUAUGUGACGCGCACGCGCAGGUUGGAGUUGGCGGAGUUGCUGACCCUGACGGAGACACAGAUCAAGAUUUGGUUCCAAAACAGACGUGCCAAAGACAAGAGAAUAGAGAAGGCGCAUCUAGAUCAGCAAAUACGAGCUAUGAGUUAUGGAGUCGGAUUGCCGUAUCCAGGACAGUUGCCCCUGACAUCUUCUCCCGUGACAUCAUUUCCGGCCUGGGAUCCAUGGUCUCGGAGACCUGCUCCGGAGGUGUCUUCCAGUGUUUCGUGAGGACGGCUCAUGCACUGUGCCACAACCAAAGACUUGCCGGAACUCAUGGCACACUUGAAAUACGCUUCACCAUCCUGGACACAACUGCUACUUGACUUGACGCUGCCAGAAUGACAUUCAUGCACCAUUCUUGAGAGUGCUUCUUGUGCAAGUGCAUCUGGACGUGUCAUCUCCCCUCAGAAUAUAUACUUGCAUUGUUGCACCAGGACUUGCGCCUUAUGCAAAUGUGUACGGUCGAUUGUAUCGCAUUCUCUUCCACGUUGUGUUCCUGUGUUUGAAUAGAUUACAAUAGUGCUAUCACUUGUGAUCAUGGGCAAAGUGUAAUCAAAUAUGCUUACA